GAGAAGUAAAUUUACUAGGCCCAUUCUUAGCCAAUUUGGCUUGCUUCACUUUGCCCUCACGACUUAAAAUGUAGUUCAGUCUGCAGUACAAUAACAAAUGUUGUUGUGUAAUAUUACGGUUCUUUUAUUUAACUGUUUCAAUAGCAAAUUUUCCGCCAGAACUGCGUGGUGCCAUCAGCAAAUUUAGCCGAAUACAUAAUACAGCUUUAUAUUUAUGCCCAAUCAACAAAAAUCUAUACAUUGAUUCCCUGUCCAACUGACGUCAGUGUCAGCGAAUUGGUCGGCUGCUAACGAGGAAAGUCCUUGUGAACAAAUACCGAUUUAUCGACGGAUUAUCGGCGGCUGUCAUUGGCUGCUGUGUCCUGGAAGAGGUGGCGAUCUGUAUCGAACAGCUGUGAAUGUGUAUGACUGUAUGGUGGAUAGUAAAGCCCACUCAUAUAGCCCGCAUGCUUGGUGUGAUCCACAAUCGCAGCCAGUAGCUUGUUACUGUAAAAUUCCGUCUUGCUUCAUUUUUCGUUCACCGUAUUCCCAAUAACUUGCCAAACUCUUUUCUGAGAUCGUUAAAAUAAUUUUCCACCAUCCCUAUAUAUACACGUUGCUGCGACACAUUGUGGUGAGGAAUUACUUUUUGACAACCGUUACAACGGCGCAGCUGAGUGCCGCAUGCACACACACUGUACCGGGACAGUCCAGCUGCCGUUACCGUAAGUACAUGUACUGUACUAUCCAUACCAUAUACAGCCCACACACACACCAACCCGACGGGAAUACGAUCGACCUUAAUUAAGUCGGCAUUUACGGCCUGAUCAUUAUGGAACUCGGUGUGGAGACGGCCUUCCGUUCCUAUGGGUCUCCCUUUGAUUAUAGCUGUUCAAGCGAAUCGCCAGCAUUGUCCUCCUACUGUACCGACCGCAGUACCGGCAUGAGCUCGCCUGGAUCACGGCUGUUCCAAUUAAGCCCAGAUAUGCUCUCAUCGAUUUGGUCGUCAGAAAGUAAAGACAUAACUAGUGCCAGUGAAGCGCUGGCACUGGCCAACAGCGCAGUGAACGAGAAUUCACCUAAGGAUUCACUAAGCCCCCCAGUCGUUGUCCCAACUGGCAGUGCGGCUGCUGCUGCUGCUGAUAAAGAGGAAAAAUCAAUGUCAUUUCCCGCUAAUACAAAUAGCCAGAGCGGAACGAUGGCAAGUAGCGGUGGUGCAGCGGCUACAUCGGCGACUGGACGGGAAUCAUCGAGUCCCCUUAGCGGCGCUGGCUCAACGGGCACAGCGUCAUCCAGUGCGUCGAGUAGUCUUGAAAUAUCCGGCCUGGAAUUGGGCAACAGCCUGUUCGGCGACAGUGUCUGGUCAUCUAAGGGCUCCUUUAACGAUGUGGGCAGUUUCGGGUCCAAUGAUGAAGAAAAGCGCUUCCUGGAGCAGGGCAGCGGUAAGAGCUACCUGAAGCCACCCGGCAGUGCGCCCGGCUCGGCGGGAUGGGGCAGUUUCUGGUCGGACUUGUCCCCGUCGCUCAGCCCGUCUAAUUCCGAGAGUAAUCUACAGCAUUUCGGCUCGCCUCACGGCCUGGCUAAUCCCUUUACGACAUGGAACAACGUUGCGCCUCUUAGCAAUCGCCGUUCUGCCCCGCCGAACGCCUGUACGAGUCCAUUUAGCAGUGGUUCAGUAUCGCCGAUUAGUCGAAAACAAUUAUCACCCGGUAGUAGUAUGGCGGGACCAGCAUCCGUCACUCUGCAUCAACAUUCGGGCAUGACACAACAGCAGGCGCAUUACCGGCAAGUGCAGUCAGCAGGUUAUCCCGUCAAUACGGGAUGCAGCGCUAAUAAUGGUGCUUACUCUGGUCAUAUAAACAGCAAUCAUCGUGCCCAGUAUCGGCGCAGUGCUUCCCAUCCGGCUAAUGGCCAUGUACAGAAUCUUGGCCAUAACAGUCACCAUCAUCAUCAUCAUGUGCCCGGAACAAUGGGCGGUGAUUAUAUUAAUGGAAUUGAUUCCUUGGGUGCCUCGUUCUAUGACACAAUCGCACAUAAUCACACCACUAAUGGUGAUACGGCCAACUUUUCCUUAUCAGGCUGGAAUAUGGAUCCGGCACCGACUACCGGCUACAAUCAGAAUCCCCGCAAUUUCCAUCAAGGCAACAAUGGGAGUAUGAGCGGUUUCGAUUCGUUGAAAUACUCUUUGGAACCACAUUUGACGGACAUGUUGAAAGCGACAAAUGGAUGGGACGACAGCGGCAAAGGUCGCAAUUUUUUCGGAAACUACAAUUCUUACGAUGGAAGCCGAUUCGGUGAUAUUCUGGAUCCUUUUGACCAAAUUGUCCCGUCUUCGAUUUCGCCGAUGGGCUCGCGCAUGUCCCCCCGGCACCAUUCAAGCGGAUCAGAAUUUGGCGGUGAUCAGAUGCACUUGUAUUCUCGGAAAGUGUUCGUGGGAGGACUUCCUCCUGAUAUCGACGAAGAAGAGAUAACUACCAGUUUCCGGCGUUUUGGUCCACUGAUCGUCGACUGGCCACAUAAGGCAGAAAGCAAAUCCUACUUUCCACCGAAAGGGUAUGCCUUUCUGCUGUUCCAAGAUGAAAGCUCGGUUCACGCUUUGCUGGAUGCAUCUGUUCAAGAGGGCGACAAAUUGUACGUCCACGUUUCCAGCCCAACGAGCAAGGAUAAACCAGUGCAAAUUCGACCGUGGAGGCUUACCGAUAAUGAAUGCUACCUGGACACGCAGAGCAAGCUGGAUCCCCGUUUAACGGUAUUCGUUGGCGGAGUGCCUCGACCAUUGAAAGCCCACGAAUUGGCACUUCUGAUGAAUCAGCGGUUUGGUUACGUGGCCUAUGCCGGCAUCGAUGUUGAUUCGGAACUGAAAUAUCCCAAAGGAGCGGGUCGGAUCACCUUCAGCAACCAACAGAGCUAUAUUGCGGCCAUCAAUGCCAGAUUUGUACAGCUCCAAAACGGCGAAAUUGACAAACGGGUUGAACUGAAGCCCUACGUCCUGGAUGACCAGAUUUGUGAUUACUGUCACGGGAUGAAGUGUAGUGGGCGCAGUGCACCGCUCUUCUGCUCGCAAGUGGGCUGCCUGGCCUAUCUAUGCGAGCACUGCUGGGGCCCGUACCAUGCGUCCCCGGGAAAGGACCACCACAAGCCGGUCACCAAGGAGAGCAGUGUCGACCGCUCCCGGCCGGCCGCCAUGCGCUGGUAGUCUGCUAUCUGCUGUUGUGUGUGCCGUCAAAUGCAACAUUAAUCCUGAGUGUGGUAUCUUCUUCCCUCCUUUCUUUUAUCCUUAUCACUCUGUUAUGCAAACCGGCGUGCAUCCGGAGCACCUGUGUGCAUGUACGGUCUUCAUCAACGUUAUCUGCCUUCAAGGGACAAAUAAUGCCACACUGCUGAUUUAUAUUUUUUAUAUUCUUGAGAACGGGAUUCCGCCAAAAACAUCCGGGUCUGAUAGUGUGUGUGCUCGAAAAGGUCAACCCCCUUCUCUCCAAAAUUAUCUUUUGAAUCUUCACCAUUACCAAAGCCUUUUUUAUAGCUUGUGUAUUUUUCUUUCCUAACUGCCUCCUUUUCUGCUUUUUUGUUCUCUAUCUUUUCCCCUUCUCUGUUUGGUUGUUUUUUUGCUCACUCACCAAAUAUUCAUUAACGUGGUUUUUUUGUCGGUAGUUUGCUUUAGUUUUUGGUUUUUUAGUUUGAUUACCUUGCAGUGUGGUUUAAUGGCAUUCCCUUUAUAUUUUUUUGCUAUAGCAUCACUCUUUAUUGAGAUAGUCAUUUUGUGGACAAGAUGUGUAUAGUUUGAUAUGGAUGACCUCAGCGCCCCGAUUGUGCCCGUGGCUUUUUUCUGGACAAUCUGAUCUUUGGACGAUAUUUUUUGACAUUUUCGGCGUACCGUGAUCCAGUGCACCUCGCCAGUCAUCAUCCUGGGGUGUCUUAUUAUUUUUGACUUAUGAUGCUGCCACAAGUUUUCUACGAAAUUUCUACAUCCUUUUAUGGGAACUUCUUGGCCUUUCGCGUAUACCGGUUGAUUUGUUUUCUAACCUCAGCUACUUUUGCCAAAACCUCGGACAGAUGAAAUUUCUAUAUUUUCGAAUCUGCAUUAUAGUAUCCACGGAUGGAUUGAUUUGGAUUUUUUGGCAAGGUUUUAUUUUUUGGUGUGGGGGAUUUUUAUUUUUGUUUUCACGUACAAACAGGACGUUUUUGUUUGGUUUUUAUGUUUUAUUUUGUGGUGAUUUUACCUUUGUGAACACAAGAAAGAAUAGCAAUAUCUCUGACUGGUUUUGGAUACAUAGAAUUAUUUUUUGCUUACGUUUUGUGCUGUUCUGGAUUAUGGCUGUUAUUGGCUGGUAUUAUAUAAAAAAUGUUGUGUUU